GCGCGUGCGCAGCCGCCGCUGGGAGCCACCAGGCGGCGGAGAGGACAGCGGCAAGGAGGGAGGGGCCCAAUCCACCGACUGCAGGAGGAGAAGGGGUUGUGCUCCUGGCCGAGGAAGGAGAAAGGGGCGGGGCCGGCGGGCAGCGCGCGGCUGUGCAGAGCUCCUGAGGCCGGCGGGCAGGCGGGGGGUCUGUGGCCCUAGCCGUCGCAGUGGCCGCCGCCGUCACUUGGUCCCCGUCGGUCUGCGGGUGGCGGGUUAUGGCGGCGGCGGCAGUGAGAGCUGUGAAUGAAUUCUCCGGGUGGACGAGGAAAGAAGAAAGGCUCCGGCGGCGCCAGCAGCCCGGUGCCUCCCAGGCCUCCGCCCCCCUGCCUGGCCCCCGCCCCUCCCGCCGCCGGGCGGGCCCCUCCGCCCGAGUCGCCGCAUAAGCGGAACCUGUACUACUUCUCCUACCCGCUGUUCGUAGGCUUCGCGCUGCUGCGCUUGGUCGCCUUCCACCUGGGGCUCCUCUUCCUGUGGCUCUGCCAGCGCUUCUCCCGCGCCCUCAUGGCAGCCAAGAGGAGCUCCGGGGCCGCACCAGCACCGGCCUCGGCCUCGCCACCGGCGCCUGUGCCGGGCGGCGAGGCCGAGCGCGUCCGAGUCUUCCACAAACAGGCCUUCGAGUACAUCUCCAUUGCCCUGCGCAUCGAUGAGGACGAGAAAGGACAGAAGGAGCAAGCUGUGGAAUGGUAUAAGAAAGGUAUUGAAGAACUGGAAAAAGGAAUAGCUGUCAUAGUUACAGGACAAGGUAAGAUUAUAUUUGUUUGGCUGGGCGUGGUGGCUCACGCCUGUAAUCCAAGCACUUUGGAGGCCAAGGCGGGCGGAUCACCUGAGGUCAGGAUUCAAGACCAGCCUGACCAACGUGGGGAAACCUUUGAACUAGAGAACCAAAAGAGGAUAUUAAUUUUUCAUUUCACAUGCACAUUUUAUUUGUUCAUUAUCUUUUUUCUUUUUGCUUAUUUUUUCUUUGUUUUUUACCCCCUCUGUGGCAUAGAGAAGAUGCAACCAGUUUUGCCAUUUUCCAAGUCACAAACGGACGUCUAUAAUGACAAUACUAACUUGGCAUGCCGCAAUGGACAUCUCCAGUCAGAAAGUGGAGCUGUUCCAAAAAGAAAAGACCCCUUAACACACACUAGUAAUUCACUGCCUCGUUCAAAAACAGUUAUGAAAACUGGAUCUGCAGGCCUUUCAGGCCACCAUAGAGCACCUAGUUGCAGUGGUUUAUCCAUGGUUUCUGGAGUGAAACAGGGAUCUGGUCCUGCACCUGCCACUCAUAAGGGUACUCCAAAAACAAAUAGGACAAAUAAACCUUCUACCCCUACAACUACUGCUCGUAAGAAAAAAGACUUGAAGAAUUUUAGGAAUGUGGACAGCAACCUUGCUAACCUUAUAAUGAAUGAAAUUGUGGACAAUGGAACAGCUGUUAAAUUUGAUGAUAUAGCUGGUCAAGACUUGGCAAAGCAAGCAUUGCAAGAAAUUGUUAUUCUUCCUUCUCUGAGGCCUGAGUUGUUCACAGGACUUAGAGCUCCUGCCAGAGGACUGUUACUCUUUGGUCCACCUGGGAAUGGGAAGACGAUGCUGGCUAAAGCAGUAGCUGCAGAAUCGAAUGCAACCUUCUUUAAUAUAAGUGCUGCAAGUUUAACUUCAAAAUAUGUGGGAGAAGGAGAGAAAUUGGUGAGAGCUCUUUUUGCUGUGGCUCGAGAACUUCAACCUUCUAUAAUUUUCAUAGAUGAAGUUGAUAGCCUUUUGUGUGAAAGAAGAGAAGGGGAGCACGAUGCUAGUAGACGCCUAAAAACUGAAUUUCUAAUAGAAUUUGAUGGUGUACAGUCUGCUGGAGAUGACAGAGUACUUGUAAUGGGUGCAACUAAUAGGCCGCAAGAGCUUGAUGAGGCUGUUCUCAGGCGUUUCAUCAAACGGGUAUAUGUGUCUUUACCAAAUGAGGAGACAAGACUACUUUUGCUUAAAAAUCUGUUAUGUAAACAAGGAAGCCCAUUGACCCAAAAAGAACUAGCACAACUUGCUAGAAUGACUGAUGGAUACUCAGGAAGUGACCUAACAGCUUUGGCAAAAGAUGCAGCACUGGGUCCUAUCAGAGAACUGAAACCAGAACAGGUGAAGAAUAUGUCUGCCAGUGAGAUGAGAAAUAUUCGAUUAUCUGACUUCACUGAAUCCUUGAAAAAGAUAAAACGCAGCGUCAGCCCUCAAACUUUAGAAGCGUACAUACGUUGGAACAAGGACUUUGGAGAUACCACUGUUUAAGGAAAUAUCUUUGUAAAAAAACUGCAGAACAUUUUACUUAACAAAAGAGAAACACAAGAUCUUCAGUGAACAGUCAUCAGCUACAGAAACAGCCUAAGUUUACAGGACUUUUCAGAGUCUUACAUAUUUGUGCACCAAACUUGAAGAUGAACCAGAAAACAAACUUAAACAAAAUACACAAUGCAAAUGGAAUUUUUUGUUGUUUAAGGCCUUUCCUUGAUGGUCACUGUUAUCCCAAUGGACAUUGUAAGUUAGAGCACAACAAAAACUGAUUCUGGUCUUCUUUACCAAUAUAAUCAUAAUGUAAAUAAUCAUUUGUAUAUUGUGUGUUGCAGAUGAAAGUAUUCCAGAGACAGUGAAUGGUAGAAGACACAAGAACCUUUGGUUGUUUGUCUUCUGAUGUCUUUUUCUUAAAAUAUUAAUUUCUCCUACUUUUCUUUCCUAUUGUUGUCUUAACUGUGGGCGAUUGGAAUGCCAAACACUCUUAAAUUUAUUUUCUUUUUUUUUUUUUUUUAAUAAAUUCAGUGUGCCAAAUGAAACUUUUUUCCUAAGUAACUGUAAUAGGAAAAAGUUUAUUUUGAGAAUUCGUUCUUCAUAAAUCUAUAGACAUUAAACAAUUGUUGUGUUCUUUUUACCUUUUAUUUUUCUAUUACCUUGCUACCAAACAAUUUAGAUAGCAAUAUAAUAGCAACAAAGCAAAUCUGGUAGAAUAGAGAAGGUUUGAAGGUUUGAGUUACUCUGUCAUGUAACAUGUAGAUCAGUCCUCAUGUGACCUGCAGUAUUUUUUUUUUUAAGUAUUUGUCAGAAAUCUAUUGUAGACUGUUAACUUCUUCCUUAUGGUAUUUAUUUUCUGAAAGAAUUAUUCUGAUAUUUAAGAGAGCCAAUUUUAACUGCUAUGAAAAUGUUUUCCAGUGCAAGAGAAGGGAAAUACUAGGAACUAAGACAUUUCUAAUUUAUUGCUUAUUACUUUCCUAAUGUUUACAGGAUAAUUAUAAGCCAGUGAAACUACUAUCUUUUAUUCUUGAUAAUUAUUAAUCCCUUCAAUGAAACUUUUAAAAACUGAAAUUUUAUACAUGGCAUACAUUUUUCUAGGUUCCUUGUGCUUGCUCUAUUAACUCAAAAGUUCUAGUUCUAGUCUGAUCUGCCUUUUGUUCUCCCAAAAUGUAUAGUAAUUCUGUUUCUCGUUUGUAUAAAUAUGCCUGGAUUUUUAUUAUAAAAAUGUCAUUGUAGGGAGUAGAGACUCAUAUCAUGGCCUUUUAAAUAUUGUAAUAAAGGCAAAUAGAUAUUUGCCCUUAGUUUACUGGUUAAAAGUUUGUUUACAGAACUUUUCUCUGGUGCUUAAAUGAUGCUAUGUAAAAUGUCAUGGGUAGGAAGAAUAUUUGUAGUAGUAACAAAAAUUUUUCAUUUUGGAAAGAUUUCUUAGGUUUUGAAAGAGUAUAUUAAAAUAAAAUCUUGUCCCUACUAGGUAAGAACCUUAUAAUGAAGACAUACAUUCUUCUUAAUUUUACUCUUGCUCUUUUUAAAGAUUUGUCUGAAUAUAGAAGAUGCAUGAUUUCUUAGGAUGAUAUGCUUUUUGUAGCCAUAAGUUAAAUCAUGUCUCUUCUCAUCAUGACUUUGGAACUCCCUGAAUAACAAAAGUGAGAGUUGAGAUAAAUAG